UCUCCACGUUGGCAGAUAACCAAUGGACAGGUAGACAGAGCUGAACAGACACUCAGAAAUGCACUAAAAAUGAAUGACAGGUCUGACAAGAAUUUGAAGGAACAAUUGUCUGAGUUAUUUGAAUAUCUACAAAAGGUGCAAUCAACUGAAAGUGCAAAACAAGAAUACACAAUAUUAGACCUGGUAAAAACACCUAAACUUAGAAAAAUAUCAUUUAUAACAUGGUAUUGCUGGGUUACAAACGCACUACUUUACUAUGGACUCAGUUUUAAUAUGUCUGACUUUGGGGGUUACGCUGGGAUACCAGGGUUGGCGUAUUGGCUACAAGAUUAUCGAUAUAUGCAAUUUGCGUCAUUAAUACCAUUGACUGUAAUUCUCCACGUUGGUGACCUGGUAAAAACACCUAAACUUAGAAAAAUAUCAUUUAUAACAUGGUAUUGCUGGGUUACAAACGCACUACUUUACUAUGGACUCAGUUUUAAUAUGUCUGACUUUGGGGGACUGGUAGAGUUACCCUCACAGAUAUUGUCGGCGCUAUUCCUUCGCUUUAUUGGUCGCAGAAUAUUAUUUGCAAUAUUUAUGGUCAUGACUGGUGUCUCUUGUUUUGUCCCGUCCACCAGUGAAUGGCUUAAAGUGAUGUUUGCAUUAUUAGGCAAAUUUGGAGUGAAUAGUGCCUGGAAUGUGAUGGCAAUACACGGCCCCGAGCUCUACCCCACAGUCUUGAGGCAGAGGGGAAUGGGUGUCGCGUCGGUCAUCGGAAGGAUUGGAUCCAUUAGCGCACCCUUUAUGAAAAAUUUGACGGCCACUUCUGGAUUAACACUGGUUAUGACACUGUAUGGUACCCUGACAUGUGUCGGCGCCGUUUUGGGACUAUUUCUUCCCGAAACAAAGGGACGAGAAAUUCCUGAUACUAUAGAAGAGGCAGAAAAUGUUGACUCAAUUGAAUUGAAUAACAUUAAGGAUAAACAACAUGAAAAUAAUGGAAAAUCUUAA